GAGUGUGUGUGAGAGAGAGCGCGCGCGAGAAAGAAAAGGCAUUACGCAGCAGCAGCAGGAAGCAGAUCGUAGGCAGACCGGGUGCAAGGAGAGAGCAGCAGAGCACUGCAGUAGAGAUACCAGGACAGACACCCAGCUUAUCUGCAUCCCCUCGUUCUCUCACAGAGUGAAUCAGUACUGGAGCCACUCACAGUGCCGCUAGGCUUCCCAGGGCAUUCGGGGGCUUGGGGGGGGGGUGGGGGCGCGUGAGGGAGAGGGUAGGUGGUUAUCGGACUGAGCAGGGGGUACGGCUAACAGGUUUGCUGAGCUGGUGAAUGAAGAGAAGGAGGAAGAAUGAGUCUCGACCCUGGGCAGGACACCGGCACCGCCGCCACCAUCACUGCCAAUGGGGACAGCAAGGGUGCCUGGGAAGAUCCGAAGGACUGCUAUGAGUCCGGGGCCACCACCAAGAAACCCAAACCGGGCAUGAUGCGACGAGCCAGGAAGGUGGAGGGAGGCAUUUUCUUUCCAAAGCCGGAGAACGCCGUCACCAUCGCGGUGUCUUCGCGAGUGCUCUUCCGCACGGAGAAGGAGCAGAAGGUGUUCGAGCAGCGGGGCAUUGAGGAGUAUCUCAAGUACCAGGUGGAGCACGAGAACGAGCCCUUUGCACCUGGACCCGCCUUCCCCUUCGUCAAGGCUCUGGAGACGGUGAAUGCGCAGCUGCGGGAGCUCUACCCCGACAGCGAGGAGCUCUUCGACAUCGUGCUGGUGACCUACAACCACGCCCAUGUCGGGGUGAGGCUAAUCAACACCAUCAAUUACCACAACCUUUUCAUCGAGCGGUUCUGCAUGACCGGUGGCAGCAGUCCGAUCGGGUACCUGAAGGCCUACCACACCAACCUGUACCUGUCAGCAGAUUCUGAAAAGGUUCGGGAGGCGCUGGAGGAAGGCAUUGCAGCGGCCACCAUGUUCAUGCCAGAGAAGCCGAUAGCGGUGUCAGAGACGCAGCUGCGCGUUGCCUUUGAUGGCGACGCUGUGCUCUUCUCUGACGAGUCCGAACGCAUCUUCAAAGCACACGGCCUCGACAAAUUCUUUGAGCACGAGAAGGAACAUGAGAACAAGCUUCUGGAUCACGGGCCACUGAAGGGGUUUCUGGAGUCCCUGGGGAAGUUGCAGAAAAAGUUCUAUGCCAAAGGCCAGCGGCUGAACUGCCCCAUCCGCACCUACCUGGUGACAGCCCGCAGCGCGGCCAGCUCAGGGCUCCGGGCCCUGAAGACGCUCCGCGCCUGGGGCCUGGAGACGGAUGAGGCCCUCUUCCUGGCUGGGGCCCCCAAGGGCCCUAUGCUGGAGAAGAUCAAGCCCCACAUCUACUUCGAUGACCAGAUGUUCCACGUGGAAGGGGCCGCAGAAAGGGGCACCAUUGCUGCCCAUGUGCCCUAUGGGAUCGCCCAGAAGUACCCCCACCAAAAGCCCGUGGACAAGAAGGACUCCAGCACAAGCAAGUAGCACAGGGUACAAAAUCUGCAAUGGCAAAGUCGGGAAAGACUGAGAACAGAGGACUGCUAAUGACCUUUUAUUUCAUAAUGUUUUUAUUAUUGUUUUUAUGAGCACUUUGCGGAGCAUGGAAGGUGAGAGAAACCAAUGUCUGGGCUUAACUUGUGUCGUGUGACAUAAGCUUUAUUUUACCUUGCAACCUCAGCAAGGCUUCACACUUCUGUGCAUCUUAGAGAAAUCCGCCCAACACCUGAAAGUCUGUAUUUGAUGGAUUAUACUGUAAUAAUAGCCUGAAUCUGCUGUUCAUCUGUCUUUUCCAGAUACCUCAACUCUCUUGUUAGGCUUCUGCACCUUGGGUUGACUCUUGUGUCUUUUUAAUUUAACUGCUAUCAGCGGGGCGUCUCCAUCAUCUGGUUUACUGCAUGUACAUUUAAAAAUAGCAUGCAGGAACCUGAAGGAGAGUAAAGUGUGAAUAGCUGUGGGGAAUGAUUAUUUUAUAGGGUCUCCUGCAGGUUGGAGAGGGGGUGGUGCUACUGUUCCCUUGUAUGUGUUAUUAAUUUCAAAAAAUAUCCAGACAUAUAUGGCAAAAAUAGAGGAGGUGGGAUAACUGCAAGUAGCUGAAACACUGUGCAAUAGAGGAAAAUAGAUUCUACAAUGUCUGUGUUUAUCUUGUGCUUAGAGAAAAUACAGCGUUUUUAUAUUUUAAUAUUUUUCAAAAUAGGUUGGAAUUCUGAAAUAUGAAGCAGUCCGCUUUGUUGAAUACUUUACUGCAUUAAGGAAACACAUUCACAAGUUGCUGUAAACACAUAAUGAGAAUAAUGAACCAUUUAUUCUCUUUGGCAGUUAAAUGACUUCCUACUCAAAUGCUGAAGGCUUAGUUAAUUAAACUCAAAUCUGCCAUGUGCCUUACUGAUAUGAAGUAACGCCCAUUAAAGUAUAUCCACACCAUUGCACAAUGCAUGAUUACAAAUACAUAUUGUUUCUUAUUCAUAAAAAUAUAUAAAAGAUAGCUAUAUAAAUAUGUACAUGGUAAUAGUCAUAAAUAAUAUAGUUAGUAUUUUUAUUAGUAUUGAAAGCUUUAACCCCUAAUGUGAAAGAUGAUGGAAAAGAUUACUGAAAAAGGAAUCAAAAGAGGUUGAUAUAAUGGAUGGACAGAAAUUACUAUGCUUGUCAAGGAAUCAUAAGAGCCAUCUGAACCCAUGCCCUGGGAACACGAAAGACCUCACCAUGCUUGGAGCUGAAAUGCUCACCGGGCUACAGUUAUGCUUGUGGGUUAACCCCCUUUUUCCCAUCGAUUGCGUCCUUUCGAUUAUGCUCAGACACAGUGGGUGUGAAUACCAUUGGACAAAUUGCCAGGGUUUUUCUUCCCUUUUUUAUUAAGUGCCUCCGUUAUGUGCUGUUAAUGGCCCCGUUCAUGGUUUCCUAAUUUAAUAUGGAGAUGUGAAUUCACACAUGCAUUAUUGUGUAACAAGAGCCAUCAAUCUUCAGAUAGCCCCAGACUUGUCGACAGCCUGCCUUUCAGCAAUGUUCAGUUUUGCGCACACUACUAUCGUUAAGGACGUUCUUGUCAGGACCGCGUACACGCCCAGUUACACACAGCAGGGACAACUGACAGCCCGACAGCUUUGCCGUUUGGAAUCAGAUAGCAACAUGUGAUCGGUUUCCCCAUGUCAAGGCUGACACUGAAACAUUGUUUUUUUUCGUCUUGUCACUGAUUCUAUUUUGUGUCUAUUUUAUAUCAUAAUUUACAUUUAGCACAUGCUCUUAUCCAGAGCGAUUUACAGUUUUUACAGCUGGAUAUUA